AUGUCACUUACGAAUGAGUCCAUUUGGGCUCCUAGCCCCUCCACCACCCGCGGCCAGCCCACCCAGCUUUCUUCCGACGCUAAAGGCGAGCGAUUGGCCUAUGCAUCUAACAAAUCCAUCUUCUUGCGUUCAAUCGACGACCCCGCAGUCGCUAGGCAGUACACCGAACACAAGGCGCAGACAACUGUCGCACGCUUCGCCCCCUCCGGCUUCUACGUUGCAAGUGGUGACGCUGCAGGAAUCGUGAGAGUAUGGGACUGUGUCGGCGAAGGAAUCACCAAGGGUGAAUAUAGCAUUGUUAAUGGUCGAAUCAACGAUCUGGCCUGGGACGGCGACUCCCAGCGCAUUAUUGCUGUCGGCGAUGGCAAGCAGCGAUAUGGACACUGUAUCACCUGGGACAGUGGGAAUACCGUUGGCGAGAUUCACGGCCAUACGCAGCAGCUCAACACCGUGUCAAUUAGGCAACAGCGACCCCUGCGUGCCGCCACUGCUGGUGACGACAGGAAGACGGUCUUCUACCACGGAGCGCCGUUCAAAUUCAACAACGGAAUUGCCGACAAGCACUCAAACUACAUCUACGGAGUUGGCUUCAGCCCGGAUGGUUCGCACUUAGUCAGUGUUGGCGCGGACCGGAAGAUCUGGCUCUACGACGGCAAGACUGGUGAGACCAAGGGUCAAAUCGGCGAAGGAGAGCACAAUGGCAGUAUCUUUGGUGUGUCCUGGGCCAAGGACUCGCGAAAGUUCGUGACUGCAAGCGCGGACCGGACUGUCAAGAUCUGGGAUGUGGAAGCUGGCAAAGCAACACAGACCUGGACUUUGGGAGAAGAGGGCGCUAUGGCUGUUCGCGACCACCAAGUCGGCGUAGUCUGGCCCCCAGGAAGAAGUGAUAACCUGCUCAUCAGUUUGUCUCUGAGCGGAGACUUGAACUACCUGGUCGAGGGAACUCCCGAGCCCCGGCAGGUUGUCUCGGGCCACCAGAAGAGCAUCACCUCCUUGACACAGACAACUGUGGAUAACAAGGAAACUUUGUGGACAGGAAGCUUUGACGGAAGAGUCUGCAAUUGGGAUGUAACUUCAGGUAAGGCUGAGGAGAUUGAAGGAGAUGCUCACCCCGGCUACGUCGCCGGGCUUGCAACUAUAUCAGAGGGAAGCGGUAGAAUUUACAGUGUCGGCUGGGACGACACCCUCCGUUCUGUCGAUGUCGCUGCUAAAACAUAUACUGGCAGUGCUUCAAAGCUCAAUGGACAGCCGAAGGGCGUUGCUGCUGGUGACUCGACCGUGCUUGUUGGCGAAGCCGAAACCGUCGAAAUUUUCCAGGAUGGCAAGAAGACCGGAGAAUAUAAAACAGACUUUGUGGCGACCACUGUCGCCGCGCAUGGUUCUCAGGCAGCCAUUGGGGGUGAGAAUGGAUCUGUUCAAAUCUGUGCCAUCUCCAGCUCUCGGCUCUCUCCCCGGGCAGAUAUCAAUGCCUCUCGCAAUCCAAUCUCUGCUCUUUCCUUCUCCCCAGACGCCUCCCACUUGGCCGUGGGUGACUUACGGGGACGUGUUCUGGUUUUCAAAGUUGCCGAUGGCAGUUUGGUGACAGACCGCUGGACGGCGCAUACUGCACGAAUCACAUCCCUUGCCUGGAACGAGGCUGGCUCACACGUUGUGAGUGGAUCGCUGGACACAAACAUCUUUGUUUGGAGCUUAGCCAAACCAGGUGACUGGCUUGAGCUGCAGAAUGCCCACAAGGAGGGCGUCCAUGGUGUCGGAUGGGUUGCAGGAGGCUCUAAGAUCAUCUCAGCUGGUGCUGAUGCGGCGGUGAAGGUGUGGAAAGUGGAAGGCUUGAAAUAA